CGUGAGUGAACACGUGUUGUUUUUUAUUUCUGUUUUGUGACUCUCAUCUUUUCCCAGACAUCAGGGAAUAAUACAUGUUUUUCUAUAACUGAACACCUGGAUUCCUUUUACUGAGUAAAGAGGCAUUGCACUAUUACAGAGAAUGAAUUUGGCGCGGAUUCAUGAUAAAUGUAGCACAAAAAAAUUCUGGGAACGAAAAAUUGAACACCACUGUAAGAUGACGACUAACGAGGAAUUGAGGAUGAAAACCAGCGCUUUAUCAAAACUCCGUAAUGAAUGGAUAAGGAGGCUGGAAAUUCAGACCGAGAACCAAAGGAGUUUUAAUGAGGAGUGCAUGAGCAGAGCCAAGAAGCACCAGCAGAUAUUUUGA